GGAGUUUUGAUAGAGCAUGGUGAAACAGUUGUGAUCUUCAGCAUUUGCAAAAUUCAUCAUGGCACACUACAAUUUCAAGAAGAUAACGGUGGUACCGUCGGCUAAGGACUUUGUCGACAUAAUAUUGUCAAAGACUCAGAGGAAGACUCCAACUGUGGUUCACAAACACUACAAGAUCUCCAGGAUUCGUCAGUUUUACAUGAGAAAAGUCAAGUACACUCAGCAGAAUUACCAUGACAAGUUGACACUUAUCCUCAAUGACUUUCCCAAACUGGAGGACAUACAUCCGUUUUAUGCCGAUCUGAUGAACGUCUUGUAUGACAAGGACCAUUACAAGCUUGCCCUGGGGCAGAUCAACACUGCUAGACAUCUGAUAGACAAUGUGUCCAAGGACUACACACGGCUAUUGAAGUAUGGGGACUCGCUGUACAGGUGCAAACAGCUGAAGAGGGCUGCUCUGGGCAGAAUGUGUACGAUCAUGAAGCAUCAGAAGCAGAGUCUGGAGUACUUGGAGCAGGUGAGACAGCACUUGUCUCGUCUACCCUCUAUUGACCCUAACACCAGAACGCUCCUUAUCUGUGGCUUCCCAAAUGUCGGCAAAUCCAGCUUCAUCAACAAGAUAACAAGGGCAGAUGUAGAAGUGCAGCCGUAUGCAUUUACCACAAAGUCUCUGUUUGUUGGUCAUACAGACUACAAAUACCUCAGGUGGCAGGUAAUUGACACACCUGGAAUUCUGGACCACUCCCUGGAGGAUCGUAACACAAUAGAGAUGCAGGCCAUCACAGCCCUGGCUCACCUGAGGGCUGCAGUGCUCUAUGUUAUGGACAUCUCUGAGCAGUGUGGACACUCGAUUACAGAACAGGUUGAGUUGUUUCAGAACAUAAAGCCGCUGUUUGCCAAUAAACCACUGAUUGUGGUUGUGAAUAAAAUUGAUGUGAAAAGGUUAGAGGAAUUGGAUGAUGAGAAAAAGCAAUAUUUUUGCGGCUUUGAGUCGGAUGGCAUCCCGGUACUGUAUAUGAGCACACUCACAGAGGAAGGAGUUAUGGAUGUUCGCACAGAGGCCUGUGAUCGAUUACUGGCUCAUAGAAUUGAAACUAAAAUGAAGGGGAAAAAAAGUGCUGAAAUUAUCGACAGACUUCACGUGGCUGUGCCAUCAAAGCGGGAUGUAAAGGAAAGACCACCUUGUAUUCCAGAAAACAUUAAGCAGAAAAGACAAGCUAUGGAAACGGACACCAAGAAAAAACUGGAGCGUGAUAUUGAACUGGAGAUGGGAGAAGAAUACAUUUUGGAUUUGAGAAAAACCUGGGACUUGAGCAAUCCUGAAGAGGCCUACGACACAAUGCCGGAGAUCUGGCAAGGGCAUAAUGUGGCUGACUUCAUUGAUCCAGAUAUCAUGCAGAAACUGGAGGAACUGGAGAAGGAGGAGGAGAUGAGAGAACAAGCUGGGUAUUAUGACUCUGAUGACAGCAUGGAGGAUGAGGACAUGAAGGAACUGAGAGCUACAGCCAGGCAGAUUCGCAACAAGAAAAAGAUAAUAAUUCUGGAGUCUCGCGAGAAAAGGCGUGUAGAGAAGUCAAGGAUGCCGCGAACAGGAAAGAGUUUGGAUCGCCAAAGAAUGGCUGAUGAAAUGCGUGACCUUGGAGUGCAGAUAGACACCAAGGGUGAUGCUCACUAUGCCAGGCUUCGAUCAAGGAGCGCCAGUAGGAAACCACUGAAGAGGAAACGUGAGGAAUCCAUGGAUACUUCUCGUGCCCGCAGCAGUUCUAGAACCCCUAGAGACAAGUCUGGAGUCAGGGAUGAAGUGAUGGCCAAGAAGGCAAGGAAGAUCGCGAAGAAAGCUCAGGCUCCCAGAAACAGAGAUGCCAAGAAGGGAGAAGGUGAUCGAGUCAUACUCAACAUGAAACCCAAACACUUGUUUGCUGGAAAGAGAAAGAUGGGUAAAACUGGUCGUCGAUAAUAUCCCUCUGUGUUAAUACUUUGAUUUUCAAACUCUUACUCGCAUCAUGAUUUGGCGUUAAAUUACCUCUCUGCCACACACAUUAAUACCAGGCCAGGUAUGGAAAAGCAGAUGCAACAAUGUAUGUAACAAGGUUAUUUCCUGUUAUGAGUUAUUCUUACUGACUGUAAGUAUUUGUACAUAUGUAAACUGUAUGUAUAUGUUAAAAAGUCACAUAAAUGUGUUCUCGCUCCCAAUGCAUUGACCAGUGCUGUUAAUCAACAUCUGCAAUAAAAAUGAAU